AUGUUUACUAAACUCGCCCUACCCUUCCUUGCUAUGCAAAUGCUGGCAUCCGCAACACCACACCAACACCGAAGGGCCGACGGCGUUGAUAUCACGAACCUAAACAGCAACGUCACAUCAACAAGCGGGUCCGGCAAUGUCGCGGCGGCAGGUAGUCUUACACCAUUUGGCGACAUUGGCGUAGGUUGCGGUAUCAAUUGGCAAGCCGACGUGUCGUACGGAGGUGGGCUUACAGCAGGGUCCAGCGACUUCGGUUUGGGCGGCGGCUUUAACAUAACCCCCGAAGUCAUUACAGUCGGAGCUGGGAUUGGCUUGAACUCGGCGAACGCAUCCGCAAACAUACAAUUUUCGGGCGCGAAAAAUGGAAGCAUUGAGCUGGUAUUCGAAAGUUCAUCCCCAAUCGUGUGCACGCCGGGAACCAAGGAUGGAUUGUCGGUUGUGUCUUCAAUGCAAUCCACCAAGUUCGAGCGCGAAGACCAGAAGAAGACGGUGUGA